AUGAAGAUCCCGCACCUGGGACGGCUGCCGGCGCUGCUGGUGGCCUCGCUGCUCGCCAUCGCGACCCCCCUGGCCGCCGCCGAGCACACCAGCAACUGGGCCGUCCUGGUCUGCACCUCGCGCUUCUGGUUCAACUAUCGCCAUCUCGCCAAUGCCCUCUCGAUAUACCGCACCGUGAAGCGGCUGGGCAUCCCCGACUCGCAGAUCAUCCUCAUGCUGCCCGACGACAUGGCCUGCAACCCGCGCAACGCCUUCCCGGGCACCGUCUACUCCAACGCCGACCGCGCCGUCGACCUGUACGGCGACAACAUCGAGGUCGACUACAGAGGUUACGAGGUGACGGUGGAGAACUUCAUCCGCCUGCUCACCGACCGCGUCGGGGACGAGAUGCCCCGCAGCAAGAGGCUGCUGACCGACGACCGCAGCAACAUCCUGGUCUACAUGACUGGCCACGGCGGCAACGAGUUCCUGAAGUUCCAGGAUGCCGAGGAGAUUGGCGCCUUUGAUCUCGCCGAUGCCUUUGAGCAGAUGUGGGAGAAGAAGAGAUACCACGAGAUUCUUUUCAUGAUCGAUACCUGCCAAGCCAACACCAUGUACACCAAGCUCUACUCUCCCAACAUCAUCGCCACCGGCUCCUCGGAGCUCGACCAGUCGUCCUACUCGCACCACGCCGACAACGAUGUCGGCGUCGCCGUCAUCGAUCGUUACACCUACUACAACCUCGAGUUCCUCGAGACCCAGGUCCAGGACCUGAGCAGCAAGAAGACUGUCGGCGACCUGUUCGACAGCUACGACUACGAGAAGAUCCACUCUCACGCCGGCGUCCGCUAUGACCUCUUCCGGGGAGGCGCCGAGGCAGCCCGCAGCCGUCGCAUCACCGAUUUCUUCGGCAACGUCCAGAAUGUCGAGGUCGACGGCGCCAAGAACGCGACCCUGGAGGAGGACCUGCUCGCGCUGAGCAAGAAGAUCGCUGCCCUGAGGCAGAGGGCCGAGGAGGCCGAGGCUGCCGCCAAGAACGCGACGGCCGCGGAUCAGGGCAAGAAACCCGCGCACAAGAAGAUCCAGUUCGCCAAGCCGUUGACGGAUGACAACUGGUGGACGAGGAAAGUGGCCGGUGCCACUGCUGUCGCAGGGUGCGCCCUGCUCUGGGGCGUGGGAGCUUAUUUCGAGUCUAUUCGAAAGUAG